CGACGGUUUGUCUCGAUCAAAUUCAGUUUAGAAAAAUGGGGUGUAUUUCAGGAUUGGUAAAAUAUUUGUUAUUUUUGUUCAAUUUUUUAGUAGUGCUAAGUGGCAUCGCUCUUAUAGCAAUGGGUGCUAUUAUGGUAAAGAAUGAAAACAAAGGUCUUGACUCAGUCACCAACUUUUCUGUUAGUGCUUUUGCUAUCGCUGUUGGUCUCAUAGUUUUUGCUAUCGCUUUCUUCGGAUGUUGGGGAGCUAUUAGGGAAAAUGGCUGCAUGUUAAAGACUUAUAUAAUCAUUAUUAUUGUUUUAUUGAUUUUGCAAAUUGCCUUGGGAGUUAUGGCCUUCGCAGCAAUCAAAAAUGUCAACAAAGCUUUUGAUAAAAAAGUGAGAGAAGUUGUCAAAAAUGUAUUUGAUGAUUAUGUAAAAGAUCCAACAAAAGAGAAAAAAAAAGUAAUUGAUACAAUCCAGCAAGACUUUAAAUGUUGUGGCGUUGAUGGACACAGUUAUUGGACAAAUCCACCAGAUAGUUGUUAUAAAGGCAAGAAAGAACAAGGUAAACUUUUCAAAAGUGGUUGCGCGACACACUUCCAAAAAGUAAUCACUUAUAACAUUAAAAUCAUUGGUUACAUUGCCCUCGCAUUGGUAAAACUUGAACUUGCAUGCGCCAUUUUGGCCACUGUCGUCAAAAACAGAUCAUAAUCUUAAUUCAGAAAAUUAUCAAUAAACUUUUUUAUAAAACUUUAA